AUGAAGGUCGUCUCCGCAGUGCCUCGCAGUGCACUAUUACUACGGUCGACUCGUUCCCGCCCUGUUUGUCUGCAGAAAGCCCGCGCCGCCAGGUCCUUUGCAACUCAGGUACAGCAUUCCACUGCCAUCCCCGAAUCCGAUGCGAAAAAGGAACGAGUCGUGAUCCUCGGAUCCGGCUGGGGCGGCUACUCACUGUCGCGAAAACUUGCCGCUCAAUCGUUCGCGCCCGUCGUCAUCUCCCCGCGCUCAUACUUCGUCUUCACGCCGCUACUGACGGACGCCGCAGGGGGGUCGUUGGAUUUCUCGAACAUCGUGGAGCCUGUGCGCGAUCCGCAUGCCCAGGUCGAUUUCAUCCAGGCGGCCGCGCGCAGUGUCGACUUCCAGAAGAAGACGGUGCUCUGCGAAGCGACGGUCGUGAAGAGCGGCGUGACGGAGUCGCCGCGCACGCACGAGAAUGAGCGCGAGGUCGAGGAGGGGCCUGAGACAACUAAACACCAGCCCAUGCAAGGCGCACGGGACUGGGAGAAGGGCGAGAUGUUCGAGGUGCCGUACGAUAAACUGGUGGUUGCUGUCGGCGCCGUCAGCAAGACCUUUGACACACCCGGAGUGCGGCACAACGCUAUGUUUUUCAAGGAUAUCGGCGAUGCGCGGCGUGUCAAGCGUCGCGUGCGAGAGUGCUUUGAGCUGGCCGUUUUGCCGACCACGAGCCCCGAGAUGAGGCAGUGGUUGUUGCAUUUCGCCAUCGUGGGCGCGGGCCCCACCGGCACCGAGCUGGCGGCGUCUCUACGCGACUUCAUUUAUAAGGAUUUGGUUCGGCUGUAUCCAGGUCUCCAGGGCAUCCCACGCAUCACGCUGUAUGACGUGGCACCGAAGGUGCUGUCGAUGUUCGACGAGUCACUGUCGCGGUAUGCCAUGGAGACGAUGAAGAAGGAGGGUAUUGAUAUCAAGACGUCGCAUCAUGUGCAGAGCUUGCGAUGGGGUGUCCCCGGCGCCGAGCCGCCGUACCCGAUGGAUCCGAAGCGGUGUCUGACCCUGACUACGGAGGAGGAGGGUCAAGUAGGCGUGGGUAUGUGCGUGUGGGUAACGGGCAACGCGAUGAACAAGUUCGUGCGCAAGUCGAUGCAAGACCUUGAGACGUUUCCCCAUGGGUCGGCCAUCAUCAAGGAUGGAUCUUCAUCAUCCGAUACCCAAACGUGGCGCAUCAAGAAAGCCCCUAAAGUCGGCGCACUGCUGGUAGAUGGGCACCUACGUGUGCAGCUCGAGGGCGAGGACGGCACGACGGCCGUCCUGCAAGACGUGUUCGCGCUCGGGGAUAACGCGAUGCCCGAGACGGGCGCGCCGCCAGCUACAGCCCAGGCGACAUUUCAGGAAGCCAAGUGGUUGGCAGCGCGGUUGAACAAGGGCGAUUUCCAGCAGAGCGCGCCGUUCUCGUUCCACAACAUGGGCACUAUGGCGUAUAUCGGCGAUGCCAAGGCGUUGAUGCAGCUACCGCAAGAGAACAAUAGCAAGUUACUGCCAGGCCACUUGACGGGGCGCAUGGCGUGGAUGGUGUGGAAUUCGGCAUAUUUGACGAUGAGCAUCAGCUGGCGGAAUAAGCUGCGGGUGGCAUUCCGGUGGUUGUUGAAUAACAUUUUUGGCCGCGAUGUGUCGAGGUGUCCUUCGGAGGAUGAUAAUCCCGACGCCAACCGUAAAGAUUCCAAUCCUUUGUCGUUGGGCCUCCCACCUUCUUUUCCUUCCAUCAUCCCAGCCAAGCCACCAUGGCUUCUCACCCUAGUAGGCCCCCCAUUCUAUUUUCGAGCUCCUACUAACAUCGCCAGCCCCCACGCUCCGUCGAAGUUGUAUUUUUUGUCGCACGCCCCCGAGGCUCGUAAGGGCCGUCCUCGCCGUAAAAUCCGACAUGACUCGUCUGCCAGCCCUGCGGCCGAGCAGACGACGCCAUCCCCAGGUAUCACGACAGAGACUGCUUCAUCUCAGACCACGCUCGGCGAGGACCUCGCGCAGCGGUUCGAUGCCUACUUCAUCACCAAUCCGGGGUCGCAAUCCAAUUUGUUUCAGAAUUCCAUCGCCUCGUUCUAUCGGCGAUCUGGGCCCGCUCCGGCCGGCCCACCACGACGACUCAGUUAUGACGGGCUGCUGUCUUUGAUGAGCCAUGAGAUGGUGGAGAUGUUACUGCUGCUCCUAGGGCAUUUGGGAUGCGAGAGACCGGAGUCGGUGACGAACCGCAAUGCCUUUAUUACCGGGUUGGCGGCAGACACAAGCGCGUCGAUGUUCGAGCCGUCACAGCAUGAGAAUCCGCUACCGGCGCUGGGAUCGCAACGCAUCCUUCAACUUGUUGAUUUGUGGUAUUCCAUGCAUCCGUUGUCGGCGCUCGUGUCCAAGACGCUUCUCAUCAAUCGCAUCAAAGAUGGCACGAUAGACGAGGCCCUCCUCGGCUUUAUCCUCGCGGAUGCAAGCGAGUUUUACCGCGCCCGUGUGUCCAGUCACGAUGCUAUUGACCCGGAAGUCCUCUUCCAAUGGGCCACCACGCAGAUCCAAAGUUGCCCUGCCCUUCCCUCACUCUCUACCUCACAGUCCCUCAUUCUGAUGGCCUGGCGCGACCUCUGCUUCGGCCGCGCCCGCCGCGCCACCUGUCUGGUCGGAUACGCCUGUCGCAACCUCUCGCGCCUAUACGAGCAAUGGCAGCGACACGAGCGCAAAGACAGUCGCAAACUGAACGGUGUCGCCAUCAGCGACGUCGAGCUCGAGAUUCUGCAGAACAUCUACUGGCUCUGUCUCUCCACCACCACCUGGGCCUUUAUGCAAAUCGAUCAGCCCUUCUCGCUGUUUGUUCCGGACGAAACGCCCGCUUUCCCUUGCGUCAACGAGGCCUCGUCGGCUCUCCUUCACCUCGACCGAGCGUCGGAUCACAUAUCCACUUUGCCUGCGCAGACGGCCGCCCUGCGCACGCUCUGGCCUCUCAGCCAGAUCAGCAGCACGGUCGGACACAUUUACACGCUGUAUUUGAACGCGCCGAAAGACUUAGCCGAAUCAACCACCACGCCGUGGCAAACGAGACAUAUUUAUCAGCUGCACCGGCUGCUUCAGUCGCGGGUGGAUUUCUCGACCCUGGCGCGUGAAAUCCGCGGGAUCCUCAUGCAGGCGAUCCGGGCUGUCGAGACGGAGGUCCGAACCGGCGCGUCGCGGUCUCAGUUGCUGGUCGCUUACCACACUAUUGUCAUUCAUAUGUUGUUUCCGCCGGGGGCAGGUCCACCUGAUGGAUACGCGAAUGAGAAUGAGAAUGACAAUGGGAACGUAACAGAUGCAUUCUGGCAUUCCGUGCAGGCGAUCUUGAGUGUUCAGGGCAUCGAGAGAGAAGACAGCUCUUCCUCUUCGAUUUUUGCGCCCCCGACAGACUCAGUGUCCAUAGCGCCGUUCCUGUCCCUCGCCUUGGAUACAUGCACUCGCGCCUUGACCCAUCUUUAUCAUCAUCAUCAUCACCACGCAUCCGCCGACACCACCACUGCCAACCAACCCACAAACCAAACCCAACUCCUCCUUGACUACACAACCCACCUGCACUCCGCCUGUCAGCGAGAACUCACAUCCGCCUCCGCCUCAUCCUAUCCCAUCCUCCGGGCCGCCAAGAAGCGCCUCAAAGACAUAUCCCUCGCCCUGCAGAGUCUCGGAUCACCGCCAUCGCUACCAGAACUGGAUCUGGAAUUCCCCGGGAUGGGCUGGACGCCUGAGGGUCUUCCCUCUUCUUCCUCGGGAGGGGCACCAGGAGAUGGCGGUGGUGUUAAUCUAGACAUUGGAGAUGUAGCCGUAAAUGUAGGGACAGACACAGCUGGGCUCUGGCAGGGCCUGGAGAUCAUGAAUCCGGGGUUCUUUGGGGAUGUGCCGGUCGAUGCGACUGGGUUGUUGGGUUUUCCGGGGUUGAUGGCGGGAGGGAAGGAUGUAAAUUUCGAUCUGGAUUUUGAUUUGGCGGGUUUAUAA